AUGUACAACCAACCAGUAUACGCCGAGACAGAAACAGAAGCACUCUACAACUUCAUCCGCACCAACCCCCUAGGCGUCCUCACAACGGCCAUUCCCUCCGACCUCUACCCGCUCCUCCAAUCCACCCACAUCCCCUGGAUCCUCGACCUCCCGAACCAGGCCAAUGGAACCACCAAAGCAAGACUACGAGGCCACAUCGCGCGCCAAACCCGCAAUCCAAAGCCAUAA